UGCUGCUUGGAUGCAGUGGACAAAGUGGAGACUCUAAAGCGCUACAAAUUCAGCUUGGCUUUUGAGAAUUCUAAUGAGGAAGAUUAUGUUACAGAAAAGUUUUUUCAGUCACUGAUAACAGGGGCCAUUCCAGUUGUCGUUGGCGCACCGAAUAUUCAAGAGUUUUCUCCAGGAGAAGGUGCAAUAUUACAUAUUAAGGAGCUUGAUGAUGUCAUUUCAGUUGCUAAGACAAUGAAACAUAUUGCAUCAAAUCCUGAUGCUUUUAAUCAAUCUUUGAGGUGGAAGUAUGAUGGUCCAUCUGAUUCUUUCAAGGCACUUAUUGACAUGGCAGCGGUUCAUUCAUCCUGUCGCCUUUGCAUACAUAUCGCUACGAAGAUUCAUGAAAAAGAAGAAAAAACACCAAAGUUUAUGAAUCGCUCAUGUAGUUGUUCCAGCAAAAGAGGAACAGUAUACCACUUAUUUGUCAGAGAGAGAGGGCGGUUUAAGACAGAGAGCAUUUAUCUAAGAUCAGAUCAGUUAACUUUAGGAGCUUUGGAGUCUGCCGUGCAUGGUAAAUUUAGAUCCCUCAAACAUGUUCCUGUAUGGAAGGAUGAAAGGCCAUCAAGUAUUCGAGGCGGGGAUGAGUUGAAGGUGUACAAAAUUUACCCAAUAGGUCUUACAGAAAGACAAGCGUUAUAUAAAUUUCAAUUCAAUGAUGAUGCUGAAGUUGCUAGAUACAUUAAGGGCCAUCCAUGUGCAAAGCUUGAGGUGAUUUUUGUAUAACUACAAUAUUGCCAUCUUCGCUACGUUUUGCAACUGCAAACUACUCCCUCCGUUCCUAAAUAGAUGACUCACCUUUGUACUAACUUUAUACUUCAGUACAAAGUUAGUACAAAGUUGGGUCAUCUAUUUUGGAACGGAGGGAGUAGUUUGUGUGCAUUGAGUUUCUGCUGUACUGUAAUAGAUUCCCGUUUAUGUAACGUCAACCUUGAUACAAGUCACAACUUUGUAGGCUUUGUGAUACUGGGAUGUAAAUUUCUAUUGACA